AUGGCAGGACGGCGGACAAUUCUGCUAUCACAGCGCUACAGCACAGACCGGACGACGGACAAUCCUGCUAUCACAGCGCUACAGGGGCACAGAUCAAACGCGCCACAGGAGCACAGAUCUAACGCGCCAACCGUAACCUGUUGUCAGAGACAUCAUUCCCGGACCCAGCCCGGCUACGCCUGGCAACGCCUGGCAAUGCCUAUGUGCUCGGUGUACCCACCGCUGUGCCCGGCGUCAGUGCCGUCCACAACGACUCCCAUUUUCCGUUUCUUUUGCCUUCCACAUGCAGCGAAGCCCUUCCACGUGCAUUCCAUGCAGGUCUCCUUGCAUCAAGAAUUUUCCACUUUCUUUUCGGCGCUGGGCCAAGGACGCGCAGGGCCGCGAUGGGCCCAUCUGGUGCCGUUAAGGCGAUGGACAGUGGCAUCUGCUAGCGCACAAAAGAGCGUCGUGUAA